AUGGAAUCUCCGAAAUCAUCUGCUGCUCUAAAUAUCAAAUGUUAUUCCGGUCAAGCAGACAAUGCCUCAUCAGGCAUUUCUCCAUCAAGCAGAGGCUCGGUAACAGGCACGGGUUCGGGAGGACGCACGGGUUCGGCAGCAUACAAUGGUUCUGCUGCAAGCAAUCCAGCAGGCAAUGCAUCUGGCGACGGACUGGAGGGUUUGAACGAGGAGCAGCGAGCAGCGGUGGUUGCAUCCCCGCACGGCUGUGUGCGCGUGGUCGCUGGCCCUGGGUCCGGGAAAACCCGUGUGCUCACCCACAGGGUCGUGAAUCUUAUCAAGAACCUCGGCGUGCACCCGCGGAAGAUACUGUGUAUCACCUUCACCAACAGAGCAGCCAAUGAGCUAGUGACACGUCUCCAGGUCCUCCUCUCUCCCGAGGCUGCUGCAGCCGUCCAUGUGGGGACCUUUCACGGCAUUGCUGCUCGCAUUCUCAGGCACAAGAUGCUUCCCUCACUGCGCAAUCGAAGGUGCUACAGGGACUACACCAUUUACGAUGAGGAUGAUUCGCUUCGAGUGAUCAAGGAAAUUGACAAACAGGAGAAAGAAAGGCUCGCUAAGAUCAGCCAGUAUCAGCCAGGAAAAUCCAAUUCAGCAGGGGGAGCAGCAGGAGGAGCCAAUCCGGACGGCCUUUACGAGGCCAUGUCCCAUCUCUCUCUCCAAUCAGGCGACGCCUUGUCAGCAGCACAGACAGCGGUGGCAGAAGUGCUAGGGGAUAGAGGGGGUGGGGGGGCAGGGGGAGAUGGAGUAGACGGGGAUAAGGAGGGAAACCGGUUGAAAAAUAUAAGGGAUGCGGUGUUGAGGUAUAAGGAAGGGGGGAUGAAAGAGGACAUGAGGGGGAGAGUGGGGGAGAGGAGGAGAGGGAGGUUCGAAGCGGAGGAGAGCGUGUGGGAGUCUGGCAUCAUUCCCAGAUAUUCCAAGCUGUACGAGGUGAGAUGGGGAAUGGCUGUUGCGGCGCCUAGACUUUUGUCUUUUCAGGCGCCUCAAAAGGAGGAGAGCGUGUGGGGGUCCGGCAUCAUACCCAGAUAUCCCAAGCUGUACGAGUGCAUCUACUCCUGGCGUGGAGCAGAGUACCAUUACUUGCAACGGAUUUUAGAUGAGGACUUUGAUGACGUCACCACGCUGCAGCUUCGCAGCAACUACCGCUCUUCACAAAGCAUCCUGCAGGCAGCAAACCAAGUGAUCCAGGGAGGACCCAGGGACAGGCGUGUUGGAGGAGGCACCCUGGAGCUGAAACCCACCAAGCCCCCAGGUCAUCCCGUGUUCUUCUCCUUCUUCCCCUCGUGCGCCAGUGAAGCAGCAACCAUCGCAGAGGAGAUAGAGAGCCUCGUCAACCCCACUGAGCUGUCCCCCUGGCGGGGGCAAGCAGGAGCGAGGGGAGGGGCGGGGGGAUGGGGGAGGGGAGGGGCGGGGGCAGGGGGAAGGGGAUGGGCGGGGGGAGGGGCGAGGAGAGGGGAAAUGGGACGGGCGAGAGCAGGGGAGGGCGGAGGGGCGAGGGGAGGGGAGGAGAGCGGGGGGUAUGCGUGGAGGGACUUUUGUGUGCUGUACCGCACACACGCCCAGGCAGUGCAGCUGCAGCAGGGGCUGGCUGACCUUGCAAUCCCGUGCAUCGUUGUGGGAGGGAGCACGCUGUUCCAGAGGAAGGUGGGUUGCUGCUGCUUUCUGCUGUGCCCCGUGUUGCCUCGCUACUGGAGGCCAAGGCAAGUCAGCCAAACUACACUCCAGCAGGGGUUGACGAGCCUUGCCAUCCCGUGCAUCGUUGUGGGAGGGAGCACAUUGUUCCAGAGGAAGGUGGGUAAUGGGUGGGGUUUUGAGUCGUCUCAAAACACGCUAAGAACACGCUAA